AUGGACGCCUACGAUCCCAACGCCCCCUCUUUGGGCCUCCCCACAGCCUCCUCCAGCCCCAUCCCCACAGGCCUCGACCCAGACUACGGCUUCCUCUACCCACCAAUCCUUCCCCUGAGGCUUUCUCUACGCGGCCUCCGUCCCCAAAGCACCACCGACAACAUCCGCUACGAUGACUACCGCUGGACCAGCAUCCGCGUCUGCGCACACGUGCAGCUCUACUGCGGGCGUAAGCUGAGCCCUGCACCCACCGCCACAUGUGGCCAAUGCGGCGGACAGCCGGACGAGGCGAUUCGAAACAAGCACACGCAGUUGACGCGCUUCUGUCGGAAGUGCGCGAGGUGCAACAGUAGCGGUAAGAAUUAUUACUUGAGGAGUGACUCGGGAGACAUGGCGGAGUGGGCGCUUGUGUGGACCCAGAAAGUGAAGACGGAAGAGGGAGAGGGUGACUGUCACCAAGGUAGUUUUAAGCAGGUGGACGCGCUGAAGCUGCUGUCGAGCGAGGUGAGGGAGGACAUAGGGCCGAGUCAGUAA